GUUGGGCCCCGAUCGCAUUCCCAGCAAAAACCGGAAUCUCAUGAUGCGGAAAUCUGCGGGCGGCAUGCAAUUCGCGCUCCGUCAUGCUGAGCGAAUCUUCUUAAGCCCAAUUGGGGCCCUCCGCCACACCGACGCCCUUAGUUAGGGACGCGUGAAACUAACUUUUUUCGCUCUUUUUAUCGCGGAGAUGGUUAUGGUCCGCCCAAGAACGCAGAGAGAGCUUGGGCAGCUGUGGCGGGGAGCGCGUAGACAUUUGCAUUCGCGACGCAGAUUUCCGAGUAGACAGACAGCUGCUGCGCUUGGCUUGCGAUACGGCCCGCCGUCCCUUGUCGCCGCCCUCACAGCUGGCUUUCUAGCCUUGCCGUCGUCGCCGUGUACCUUUUUGCGUCCGACGCUCCUCGAUUCGCCCGAAGCCUCGUGGUGGUCUUUCCUCCCGCGCGACCAACAGCGCAAUGCGUCAACAAGUGCGAAGGAUGCAGAGGACCAGGUCAAUAAAACGGACACAGGCGCCGUGAGCAGCGGGGAGCAGAAACCUCCACCACAAACCCGCGUCGUCUCCGCAGACGGCGAGAAGGCUGAGGACAGCAAGGAGUCCGCGUGGCAGACGAUCACGAAGAAGCUCCCCACUGCGCCGAAGUCGGCUACCUCGCUGGGCGACACAAUCGUGGACUACGUGGUGCCCAACUGGGCGAAGAUGCUGCCCGGCUUCGUGCGCAAACUGCAGAACGAGCUGUCCAUGGCGCCGGGCUCGCUGGCCGAAGAGAUCUGGUACGAGGCGCACGAUCCCGAGAUCAAUCCGGAGAUCAUCUGGGACGCGUCGGUGCGGGUGUCGAAUGACCUUUGCGCGGAGGAGAAGCGGUUCCGCGAGAAGAGGUCGCUGUUCACACGGAAGGGGCUGGCGCGCUAUUUGGAUAUACCGGAGGAGACGAUCCAUCCGGAGGAUGUGCCUGUCAUUGCGAUGUGCGGCUCCGGCGGUGGACUGCGCGCGCUGGUUGCGGGCACGUCGUCGUAUCUUUCGGCGCAUGAGCAGGGGCUGUUCGACUGCGUGACGUAUACCGCGGGCGUGAGUGGCAGCUGCUGGCUUCAGACGCUGUAUUACUCGAAUAUCACGCAGCGGAGCCAUGCGAGGCUGAUUCGGCAUCUGAAGAAUAGGCUGGGCGUGCAUAUUGCUUUUCCGCCCGAUGCGCUGGAUCUGCUGGCGAGCGCGCCGACGAACAAGUAUCUGCUUAGUGGGCUGGUGGAGAAGGCAAAGGGUAUGCCGGAUGCGGAGUUUGGCAUCGUGGAUGUCUAUGGUGUGCUGCUGGCGGCGAGGCUGCUGGUGCCGAAGGGCGAGCUGUCGGUCGAUGAGUACGAUUUUAAGGUUUCGAAUCAGCGGCGGUAUACGGAUGAUGGAUCGCAUCCUCUGCCGAUUUAUACGGCUGUGCGGCAUGAGAUCCCGCUUGCGGAACAGUCCGAUACGAAGGACCCGAUCGCUGCGGAGGCGAAGGCGAGGAGAGAAGCGUGGUUCCAGUGGUUUGAAUUUACUCCCUACGAGUUCUGGUGCGAAGAGCUUGAAGCUGGUAUCCCUACCUGGGCUAUUGGCCGCAAGUUUGAGAAUGGCAGAACCGUCUGGCGAGAGAAUGGUCUGGCAUUGCCGGAAGUACGAGUCCCGCUGCUGAUGGGCAUUUGGGGCAGUGCUUUCUGUGCGACUCUAUCGCAUUACUAUAAGGAGAUUCGACCGGCAGUGCGAAGUCUCACGGGCUUCGCUGGCCUGGACACCAUGAUCUCGGAACGAGAUGAGGACCUCAUCAAAGUGCAUCCCAUCGAUCCGGCUGCGAUUCCGAACUUUGCUCUCGGCAUGCGCAGCUUCCUGCCGCCGUCUUGCCCAGAGAGCAUCUUCGAAACGAAGAAUUUCCAGCUGAUGGAUGCUGGGAUGAGCAACAACUUGCCUAUCUACCCGCUGCUACGACCUGGAAGGAACGUGGAUAUCCUGAUCGCAUUCGACGCGAGUGCGGACGUCAAGACAGACAACUGGCUCAAGGUUGCCGAUGGCUAUGCUCGACAACGCGGCAUCAAAGGCUGGCCCGUGGGCGCCGGCUGGCCCCCAGAGGAAGAGACAAUGGCAGAGCUCCAGCAAGACAUGGACAAAGCGCAAGCAGACACGGAGAAGCAAGCACAAGCGAAGAUGGAAGAAGCCAAAGAGCAAGACAAGCCCAAGCAACAGGGCGGUGAGAGCAAUGCGCUCGGCUACUGCAACGUCUGGAUCGGCAAGACCGAAGAGCGCACAAGCGACUCCGAACCGCCCUCCUCCAAAGUCGUCGAAGAGGACUGGGAGCUCAUGCAGCCCGACGCCGGCAUCACCGUCAUCUACUUCCCCUUCCUGGCGAACCCGACCGUUCCUGGAAUUGAUCCCAAGACUUCGGAUUUCAUGAGCACGUGGAACUUUGUCUACACGCCCGAUCAGAUCGACAGCGUGGUGCAGCUCGCGCGCAGGAACUUCCAGGAGGGCGCCGAGCGCACGAAGAGGACGGUGAGGGCGGUGUAUGAGCGCAAGAAGAAGAUGCGGGAGGAGCGGGAGGCGGAGGAGAAGGAGCGCAGGAGGAGGUGGAAGAUGAGGCAGGGGCGCAGUGGGGGGAGGAGGAUUGGGGAGGGGGAUCAUGGGGAUCAUUUUAGUUGA